CAACUUUCUGACAAAGAAGCCGCAGAAGCGCUCCGCCUGUACGCGGGCGGCCUAGCUUCCGAGCUUGGCGCAGCAGUUCGGUUGGGAAACGGAGCCAGUAGGGACCGCUGGUCUCUUCGAAGAGGUAGCGCAGCCAGCCAGCUCCGGAGUCCGCAAGGGAGACGGGAAGCGCAGGUCAUGGCCACGUCAGACCGCCGGCAGACGUUGGCUGAGCGGCGGGCUGAUGAAGAUUGGGUCUUCCUGCAUCACGACGGUGACGGAGUCGGGCAGCGAGAUGUCGACGCCAAAAGGAAGGAGGAAAGCCCCUGUAGUGCGGCUGAGCGGCCAAAAAGCGCCCAAGCUACAAAAACAGGCGACGAUAGCGUCGCCCGCUUCUUCGUAGGCUUCCCUCAUUUUCCGGGCCUGUACGCGUUCCCAGGGGUCUGCGAGGCGUCGCUGGUUGACGAUAACCCUGUUCGACUGUUGUGGGCUUGCCUGAAGCGCCUAACGCGGAUAUUCCUCAGGGCUGCCGUCUUGUCCUGCGCGGCGCGCUUUCUCUUUUGGUCGGCGGCGAAGGCGAGCGUAGUCAAGCGACCGGAGAUGCUGCAACUGCUGCUACUGCUGGCAGUGAUGAAUCUGGGUGCACCACUGGCGAAUUUGGCAACGUGGAACAGCGAGUUCCAAGUAAACCUCUGGGAAAUGCUCUAUUACUCCACACGGCAGAGGCAUAACCUCAUGCGCUACAAGGCGUUCAGGAGCACAGUGCGGAUUCUCACGUACAUCGGCUCAUUUCUGCUGUGCUUUCCCAUGGCGAGAAUAUGCAUCGACGUCGGGGCCACGUGGCGCAUACUCUUGCUCCACGUCCGCGAUGUGUACACCACGGAGUUUGACGGAAUCGGCGAGAUCAUACGAGAAUACCUCGUAUGAUCGCGGACGGAUAUCCACCGGCUGGCUAGGAGUGGACGGCGAGCGACAACGCUAGGAGAGCGCUGCUGCAGCGGAUCGUGCGAGUCCUGCCUCGGACGGGCCCUGACCGGACGGAGCGCGGUGCGCAUUAAGAAAAAGUGAAAAUUAAAAUUCCCCCAGAACGCA